AUGGGGACGAGCACCAAAAGUAAAACAUCCAUGAUUUACACUGACUGGGCUAAUCAUUAUCUAGCAAAAUCUGGCCACAAACGGCUGAUCAAAGAUUUGCAACAGGACAUUGCAGAUGGAGUUCUACUAGCAGAAAUCAUCCAAAUUAUUGCAAAUGAAAAAGUUGAUGAUAUCAAUGGUUGUCCUCGAAGCCAAUCUCAAAUGAUUGAGAAUGUUGAUGUAUGCCUUAGCUUUCUGGCAGCCAGAGGAGUAAAUGUCCAAGGUCUUUCUGCUGAAGAAAUAAGAAAUGGAAAUUUGAAAGCCAUUUUAGGACUGUUUUUCAGUUUGUCUCGUUAUAAACAGCAGCAGCACCAACAACAGCAGUACUAUCAGUCCUUGGUAGAGCUACAGCAACACAUCUCUCAUUCUCCGAAUCCUCCUGAGAGUGGCCAAUCCAAAACUCAGCAAGAUAUGCAGUCCAGGCUUCCUGGGCCUUCACGGGUGCCAGCUGCAGGCAGUAGUACCAAAGUCCAGGGAGCUUCCAAUUUAAAUCGAAGAAGUCAGAGCUUUAAUAGCAUUGACAAAAACAAACCUCCGCAAUAUGCAAAUGGAAAUGAAAAAGAAUCACCCAAAGGUCCUCACCCAUCUGCAGGUAUAAAUGGAAAUGUACAGCAUCCCACCACCACUGGGCAGCAGCUGGUCUCUGCCAUCCCCUCUCCAAGUGCCAGCAAGCCUUGGCGCAGCAAAUCAAUGAAUGUGAAACACAGUGCCACCUCUACCAUGCUGUCUGUGAAGCAGCAGAGCCCUGAAACCUCACCUACACCACCUGCAGACAGGCUAAAGCCACCUCUUUCUGAAGCUCCUAAAACACCUUCAUCUGGGCAGAAAUCUAUGUUAGAGAAAUUCAAACUGGUUAAUGCUCGGACUGUUUUACGGCCCCCUCUGUCAUCAUCAAAUUCAGGCCCUGCUAACAGUGGAAAGGAUGAUGAAGCUUUUUUAGAGUGUGUUGAAGUGGAUGGCUUCAGUGGUGGGCUCAGUACUGCUGGAUUUACUACCAACAGCACCAAAAUAUCCCCUAAAUUAACUCCUCCGAAAGCUGGAAGCAAAAAUAUCAGCAAUAAAAAGUCUUUGCUGCAGCCAAAAGAUAAAGAAGAAAAGAACAAAGAUAAAAAUAAAGUUUGCACUGAAAAGGUGGUAAAGGAUGAAAAGGAACAGAUGCCUGAGACACCCACCAAAAAGACCUCAAAAAUUGCAAGCCUGAUUCCCAAGGGGAGCAAAGCAACUUCAGCCAAGAAAGAAAGUUUAAUUCCUUCAUCUAGUGGUAUUCCAAAACCUGGUUCAAAAGUACCUACAUCAAAGCAGAAUAGUUCACUAGUAUCUUCAGGAAGUAAAGAGACAGAAAAACUGAGGAAUGCAAAAGGAAACCACUCCUCAUCUAUGGCAAAAUCCCAAGGGAAUGAGAAAAUCUAUGUUCCUUCCAGUCUCUCAUCUUCUGAAGGAAAAGAGGCUAGUAGUACAUCAUUUUCUUCUCCUUCAAUGGCUGCAGCCAGUGGGCAUGUCCCAGGAAGUAGUAUUGUCCAUCUUCCUCAGCAGCAACAAUACAGCCAUCCCAAUACAGCCACUGUAGCACCAUUUAUUUAUAGAGCUCAUUCGGAAAACGAUAGUUCUUCUAUCCCAUCUUCUGACUCUUGUAUCAGUCCUACAAAAUUGGAUUUGGCAUACAGUAAAACUGCCAAGCAAUGUCUAGAGGAAAUAUCUGGGGAAGAUCCUGAAACAAGAAGAAUGAGAACUGUAAAGAAUAUAGCUGAUCUGAGACAGAACUUGGAAGAAACUAUGUCCAGUCUUAGAGGAACUCAAAUAAGCCACAGCACACUGGAAACAACAUUUGACAGUACUGUGACAACUGAAGUAAAUGGACGAAGCAUUCCUGGUUUACCAAGCCGAUCUUCUCCAGUGACCUGGAGGCUUGGACAAGCUAGUCCUCGACUCCAGGCAGGUGAUGCUCCUUCCCUGGGUGGAGGGUACCCUCGCAGUGGUGCUAGUCGCUUCAUCCAUACUGACCCUUCUCGAUUCAUGUACACCACACCUCUUCGUCGUGCAGCCAUCUCUCGUCUUGGCAACAUCCCCCAAAUUGACAUGGGUGAAAAAGGAAAUAGUGACCUGGACAUUUCCUCUGAUGUUGAUGUUGGAGGGUACAUGAGUGAUGGGGACAUUCUUGGGAAAAGCCUUCGAGCUGAUGACAUCAACAGUGGUUACAUGACUGAUGGAGGGCUCAAUCUAUACACAAGAAGUUUGAAUCGAAUUCCUGACAUAGCUGCCUCUCGAGAUGUCAUUCAAAGAGGAAUUCAUGAUGUGACAGUGGAUGCAGACAGGUUGUUUGGUGCCAAAGCCAGUGGCAAAGCUGCCACUGCACCAAAUACAGAAGGCGUGAAAUCUACAUCUGCCAUGCCUAGCCCUAGUACCACAUUAGCUCGGCAAGGCAGUCUGGAAUCUCCAUCUUCAGGUACAGGUAGCAUGGGCAGUGCAGGUGGGCAGAGUGGAAGCAGUAGCCCCCUCUUCAAUAAGCCCUCGGACUUAAAUACAGAUACUGUAGGCCUAAGUCACUCCUUGGCUUCAAGUCCAGCCUCAGCCCAUUCUUUUACAUCAGGUGGUCUUGUGUGGGCUGCAAACCUGAGUAGUUCUUCUGCUGGUAGUAAAGAUACACCAAGUUACCAGUCAAUGACUAGCCUUCACACCAGCUCUGAAUCUAUUGAUCUCCCUCUUAGUCAUCAUGGCUCCCUCUCUGGAUUGACCACAAGCACUCAAGAAGUUCAGAGCCUGCUCAUGAGAACUGGAAGUGUCAGAUCUACUCUUUCAGAAAGCAUGCAGCUUGACAGAAAUACACUGCCCAAAAAGGGAUUAAGGUAUACUCCAUCAUCUCGCCAGGCUGGUCAAGAGGAAGGGAAAGAGUGGCUACGUUCACAUUCUACUGGAGGUCUACAAGACACUGGACAUCAGUCUCCCCUGGUUUCUCCUACAGCUAUGUCUUCCUCUGCAACUGGCAAAUAUUUCUCUAAUUUAGUAAGUCCAACAAAUUUAUCCCAGUUCAAACUUUCUGGACCUAGUAUGAUGAGAUCAAACAGCAAUCCUGCACAAGAUUCUUCAUUCGAUCUCUAUGAUGAUUCUCAGUUGUGUGGUAGUGCUACAUCCUUAGAGGACAGACCUCGUGCAAUUAGUCAUUCUGGUUCAUUCAGAGAUAGUAUGGAAGAAGUACAUGGAUCUUCAUUAUCACUAGUUUCCAGCACUUCUUCUCUGUACUCCACAGCUGAAGAAAAGGCACAUUCAGAGCAAAUUCAUAAAUUACGACGGGAACUGGUUGCAUCUCAGGAAAAAGUGGCCACGCUAACAUCACAACUGUCAGCAAAUGCCCAUCUUGUAGCCGCAUUUGAAAAAAGUUUAGGAAAUAUGACAGGCCGGUUACAAAGCCUAACAAUGACAGCUGAACAAAAGGAAUCAGAACUCAUAGAAUUACGGGAAACCAUUGAAAUGCUGAAAGCUCAGAACUCAGCUGCACAGGCUGCUAUUCAAGGAGCUCUGAAUGGCCCUGACCACACUCAGAGAGAUUUGCGAAUAAGGCGACAACAUUCAUCUGAAAGUGUUGCCAGCAUCAAUAGUGGUACAAGCCAUUCAAGCAUGGGUAGUAGUAAUGAUGCUGAUUCUAAAAAAAAGAAAAAGAAAAAUUGGGUGAACUCUAGAGGAAGUGAGCUAAGGAGUUCAUUCAAACAAGCUUUUGGGAAGAAGAAGUCAUCAAAACCUCCUUCCUCUCAUUCUGACAUAGAAGAAGUCACAGAUUCAUCUGUUCCAUCCUCACCCAAAUUACUUCAUGGCUCUGGUGAUUGUGGAUCUACUUCAAUCAGGCCAUCCCAAUCAACUUCACUGAUCUGUGAAUGCACAGAAGCAGAGGCAGAAAUAAUUCUGCAGCUAAAAAAUGAGCUCAGGGAGAAAGAGCUCAAACUUACAGAUAUUCGUCUUGAAGCUCUUAGUUCUGCCCAUCACCUUGACCAAAUUCGGGAAGCCAUGAACCGCAUGCAGAAUGAAAUUGAGAUUUUGAAAGCUGAGAAUGAUCGUUUGAAGGCUGAGACUGGAAGCACUAGCAAACCUAUCAGGCCAUGUUCAGAAUCCUCAAGCAGCACAUCUUCCUCCUCUUCACGACAAUCUCUAGGUCUCUCUCUGAAUAACUUAAACAUCACAGAUUUAGUUACAUCUGAUAUUUUACUGGAAGAUGUUGCAGAUGGAACUCUCCAUAAAGAAGGCCAGAAUGUUAAGAUUAUUGUCACAAUAAACAAGGGCUAUGGUCGAUCAAAGGACCAAAGAAUACAGGCAUAUUUGAUAGGUUCUAUCAGGGUCAGUGGUAAAACAAAAUGGGAUGUAUUGGACGGUGUAAUUAGACGACUCUUUAAGGAAUAUGUUUUCCGAGUAGAUCCAGCUACUAACCUUGGUUUGAGCUCAGAUUGUAUAGCUAAUUAUUGCGUAGGUGAUAUAAUUAGAGCCCAUAACCAAGAAGUGCCUGAACUGCUACCUUGUGGAUAUCUGGUUGGAGAUAAUAACAUAAUCACAGUGAAUCUUAAAGGAGUAGAAGAAAAUAGUUUGGAUAGCUUUGUGUUUGAUACAUUAAUUCCUAAACCAAUUAGUCAACGGUACUUUAAUCUACUGAUGGAACAUCACAGGAUUAUCCUAUCAGGACCUAGUGGCACUGGAAAGACCUAUUUAGCCAACAAACUUGCUGAAUACCUGAUAACUAAAUCUGGCCGGAAAAAAAUGGAAGAUGCCAUUAUUACUUUUACUGUUGAUCACAAAUCAAGCAAGGAUGUUCAACAAUAUCUUGUUAAUUUGGCUGAACAGUGCAAUGCUGAUAAUAGUAGUUCUGAUCUUCCUGUGGUAAUAAUUCUUGACAACCUGCACCAUGUUGGUUCUUUGAGUGAUAUCUUCAAUGGUUUCCUUAACUGUAAAUAUAACAAAUGUCCCUAUAUUAUUGGAACAAUGAACCAGGGAGUUUCAUCAUCACCUAAUCUAGAACUUCAUCAAAAUUUCAGAUGGGUGCUGUGUGCUAAUCACACAGAGCCUGUUAAAGGGCUGUUAUCCAGAUAUUUGAGAAGGAAACUGAUUGAAACAGAGCUGGAGAAGAAUAUCCGCAAUAAUGAUCUUAUCAAAAUUAUUGACUGGAUUCCCAAGAUAUGGCAUCAUCUCAACAGCUUCUUAGAAACACACAGUUCUUCUGAUAUAACGAUUGGUCCUCGCCUCUUUCUACCUUGUCCUAUUGAUAUUGAUGGUUCUAGAGUGUGGUUUACUGAUCUCUGGAAUUAUUCGUUGGUGCCAUAUAUAAUGGAAGCGGUGAGAGAAGGACUUCAGAUGUAUGGUAAACGUGCACCUUGGGAAGACCCCUCAAAGUGGAUAGUAGAGACUUGUCCAUGGAGUUCAUUGCAACAUGAUUGGUCAUCAUUACUUCAGUUAAGACCUGAAGAUGUUGGUUAUGAAGGUUAUGCAUCUGCCAAAGAAGGAACCACUUCAAAGCACAUUCCACAGAUGGAAUCAGAAGGAGAUCCGUUGAUGAACAUGCUAUUGAGGCUCAAAGAAGCUGCCACUUACUCAAGUGCCCAGAGCUGUGACAGUGAUACUGCCAGCCACCAUGAUGAUAUGCUGGAUCCUUCACUUGAAUCAACGCUUUAAAGGGGGCAUGACUUUGGUUAGAAGAUGCUGAUAAACCUAUACCCAUGUUAAGGGCUACUGAGGUGGUGUGUAUUUGGGCUGAAAUAUUAUGUGUGUGCUGUGUCAUAUAUAGAGGCACCUGAUUUAAGCACUAAAGCAAAUCAGAAAUGAAAGUUGGAUUUGUUCAGUUUCAAGAGGAAAGAGCCUUUAACAGGGAUGCUAUGAAGCAGAUUGCACACAUAGUAAUCAAACUGGAAUCCACUUAGAGUCUUUUAUUUUCUAUCCCUGUCUUGAAAGUUUACAGUGGAAGCAUUUUAUGUGAUACUUCAAUAUACUUGGAGGUGCUGCAUUCAUAGUUCUCUUGCUCCUCCUCCUCCUCCUCCUCCUCCUCUAACCUUUGUGGUGCCUCACAGCACAUAUUCCAGAUUAUAUUCUGCUGUCCUUUCCAAAAUGAGAUGGACACAAAAUAAAAUAAAAAGAAUGAGAGGGCGUAUAGACUCAAUAAGCACAAAACAGUAUUGUGCAAUUAUCUUAUACAAACAAUACUGUGAUAUGCUGGAUAAGUGCCAAUUUGAUACUAAACUGCCAUAUUUGCAGUGAUGUGGUUCACUAAGUUUUCUGUUUGUGCAUGUGUGCUUGUGUGUGUGUGUGUGUGUGUGUGUAUUGAAAAAAAGUCACCCGUUUUGAUAUCCAAAUUGUUUUUAACCACAGUGGUAUUUUUUAAACACCUGCCCACCUCUUAAGGUUGUUGCUGUUGUUGUUAGGCAAUUCUGAUGCUGACUAAAGGUUUUGGUUAGGACUUUGUUUUGAGUCUUUUGGGUGGGGAAAAAAGAGAUCAUUUCCUAUGGUGCUGUCUCACUGCCUUAAAACCAAUUUCUAGACAAUGUUACACUUGGUUUAAUUUGUUUAAACCAUUGGUUAUUUAUACUGUUUCCUUUCUUCAUUUUACUAAUGAGAGAGCAUCAGUGAACACAGUAGCCUUGUGUUUAUAUAUCAAGAUUUUUUUUAAUUAGGUGGCUAGAAGGAUGAAUUAUUAAUAUAGAUAUAGAUAUAUUAUUUUUAAUCUUCCGUGAAUCAAUGACCUACCAUCCUAAACCAUUCAGAUGACCCAGAAACUACUCCUAGUUAACUAUGAAUGAAAACAAAACAAAAAAGUCCAACAUAGUUAUUUCUAUCCCAUUGGGAAAAAAACUUAAUUAUGACAGAAACAGGGAUGUGUGACACUUUAUCCAGCAGAGCUGGGUGUGCACCUGAGUUAGCAUGAGCACAAAUCGUUCUUGGUUUUUGUCCCUUCUCUUCCUUCCCCCAUUUGGAGCAUGCUAUUUUAAUUGCAAUUGUUGUAAAUGAAGAAAGUCAGCAUUAAAAAAACACCGACACAGUGCUAUUCACUGUGCAAGACAAAAUGUUUUUACUGUAAGAGGGAAAAGUGGGGGGUGAUUUUGCACAGUUUAUUGGGAGGGUAUUGUAAAUACUGAAAAUAAAAAAGUGUUGCACAAAUGAAAGCAAACAAAACAGUAACAGCAGCAAAAAUACAAAAUUAUACUUUAUUCUAUUAAUGUGAAGAAAUAUUUCAUUUACAGAGAAUACCCAUACGUUGUAAACAAAGCAAGAGGGCAAUUAGUACUAUCUGUUUUUUAAAAAGACAGAUAAAACCAGAUAUGUUUGUCUUGUAUUUAGAACUGCCAUCACAAGUCCUGAGCUAUCCUUGCUACAAUGAACAUCUGUAUUCUUUAAACCAAUCUAACUUUGUAGGCAAAAAAAAUAGAUGGCGGAAUAUACCGAAAACCCAAUCAGAGUAAUUGGAGAUAUUGGUUAAAAUUAACAUAAAAUAUCUAAGGGCUAUAGCAUUUCUAUAGGCACAUACUUCAACCCUUAUCUUGAAGGGGUUCAUGUGGAGCACGUCUACUAAUAAGCAUAGGACAUGUACCAAUGAAAUACUUUCAGGAUACACAUAGCUAAUGGAUAACUUCAGGACGCGUAAGUGGUGCUACUAAUUCCUGCAACAAUAUAUUUUGCAAAACAAAUAUCAAAAAAAUCAAUGCAAUUUUCCUUGUUGCAUCAGCCGCAGGUUUCCUGCAUGGUGCUAUUGUCCUAAUAAGAAAGUCUGCUUUUAUGCACAAAAAAUAUACUCAGAUUGAUUUCCAGAAGCAAAUAUUAGCUGACUGUCUCAUACUGUUAAGCAGCAUGCCACUCUGGAAAAUGACUAAAACAAAAGCUGCUCCUUAAGAUUGAUGUAGUCUUAAACAACAUCUAAGCCCAGGAACUCCUGCCAUUUUCAAUACACAUACACACAUCCUGUAUGUAUAUACUACAUAAUACAAUUUUCCCUGCAAUACAUUUCAGUGAAUCCACCUAGUUUACAACUUUAACAAAUUUGUUUGUGAAGCAUUUGUCUGUAAACAUUUUAUAUUUUGUACAUUUUUAAUGUAACAUAUUGUGUAAAUAGACAGAAACAGUGAGAUAAAUCAUCUGAAAAGUUUUGUAGUCUUUGUAAAGCCCUAAUAAUAAGUAUUUGGUGUCAUCAGACUUAACUGGAUGAUGUAUUUUAUAUUGAUUUAUUGUUCUUCUAGCUUGUAAACCAGCUUGCAUAUAUUUUUUGCAGGUGUGCACACUGUAUCUGUCUAAAUUAUUACUUUGCCAUUAAAGUGGAAUUAUUUAUUGACAACUGAGUCUGCUGUUUUUAAACUCCAGAGGAAAUCAGACUUAGGUGUAAACUAUGGGAAUAGCUUGAGAAAAUAAACAUUACAAAUAUUAGACACAUCAGGGUAUUGAUUGAAUUGCUUUCUUACCAUACU